UUUUCCUAACGUGAAUGCAGAGAAUUUUGCGUAAACUAAAAAAUUUGAUCAUAUAAUGACUUAUGUUGUAUACGUACUUAAUAACUCCCUCCAUAUUCCCAAAUACUGAUACAUGAUUUGAAAUUCUGAUUUCCUGAAUCGAGUUUAUUACCAAACGCAUGCAUAGUUAUACUUGGGCGGGCUUGCUUGCAUCGGAGAUGGCCUAACCACAGAAGCAAUCAGUGGUGUUGAAGAUGAUAAGACAUGUUUAUUUAAACUUGAUAAGCAAAACACCACCUCAUUCUCAUCUUCCCCAUGUUCACUACUGCUCCAAACCCCAUUUGCCUCCUUACAUUUCAUUUGAAAAUGUUCAGAGCAUUGAUAACGCCUUCCACGUGUUUGAUCAAAUGCUCCACACAACCCCUGUUCCCUCCGUUUAUCACUUCACUAGAUUACUCGAUAGCGUCGCAAAGAUGAACCACCAUGACUCUGUUCUUGUACUAUUCAAAAAAAUGUGUUUCUUGGGGAUUCCUGUUAAUCAUUACACGAUGACCAUAGCUAUCAACUGUUAUUUUCAUUUGAGUUUGCCUGGCUUUGCUUUUUCCGUGUUUGGUAGCUUCUUUAAGCGCGGCUUUGCACCCACUUUGCCUACGUUUACUGUACUUAUAAAAGGGCUUGCGUUAGCGGAUAGGACCCUGGAUGCUGUUAACUUGUUUCGCAAGUUAAUUAGGGAGAAGCAUUGCAAACCGGAUAAAGUUAUGUUUAGUACGGUUAUAGGUGGGUUAUGUAAAGCUGGACAGACUAUGAGAGCUGUUCGUUUGUUUAAGUUGAUGGAACAGGUUAACUGUAAAGCACAUUCUAUAAUUUAUAAUACUAUCAUUGAUAGUUUGUGCAAAGAUAGACUUAUUGAUGAUGCGCAGGAUCUUUUCUCUGAAAUGAUUGGAAAAGGGAUUGUACCAGAUGUUGUCACGUAUAACUCGUUGAUAAGGGGAUUAUGUAGUUUAAGGCGGUGGGAUGAGUUAAUGAAAAAAAUUGAAGAAAUGGGUGCCUCAGGAAUCUGUCCAAAUCUGUACACUUAUACCAUAUUAGUGGAUGCAUAUUGUAAAGAAGGUCGAACGGAAGAUGCUGAAUUUGUCUUCCGUAGCAUGAUCGCGAGAGGUAUAAAUCCUAAUGUUGUAGCCUACACUGCACUGAUUGAUGGAUAUUGUUUACAAAGGAAAAUGGAUAAAGCUAUGAAGUUGUACAGUGACAUGAAUAUUAAUAAUGUUUUCCCAAAUACUGUUACGUAUAACAGCUUGAUUAACGGUUAUUGCAGCUGCAAGAAACUGGAUCAGGCAUUGCAAUUGUUGCGGUUAAUGCCAAUAAAAGGAGUAAAGCCUGACGUUAUAACUUACAACAGUCUUAUGGAUUUGUCAUAUCGAUUGGGUAAAUGUGCAUUAGCUCUUGAACUCUAUAAUGAGAUGCAAGCAAGGGCAAUCAUGCCAGAUAUGUGGACUUACACAACAUUACUGGAUGGACUGUGCAAAAAUCACCACAUUGAUGAGGCGAUGUCAUUACUUCAUAUGUUGGAGAACAAGGGACUAUCUGACAUCAAAUGUUAUACUAUCAUCAUUGAUGGUACUAGCAAGUCCGGGGAUUUCGAUACGGCUCGGGCAAUUUUCGACGACCUUCCCUCGAAAGGUGUGAAGCCUAGUGUUCAUACAUAUACUGUACUAAUAAAUGGUCUUUGUUUGAACAAGCAAUUUAAAGAAGCCAAAGAGUAUCUUGUGAAAAUGGAAGAGGAUGGUUGCUUGCCAAAUAGUGUCACCUACAAUGUUAUUGCCCAAGGAUUUUUCAAAGGAAAUAAAUGUGUCGAGGCUGUUACAAUUCUGAAGGAAAUGGUCGAAAAGGGUUUUAGACCUGAUUCUUCGACUUUUGAAUUGUUACUGCACCAAUUGCCGGCUGAAGGACAAGAUUCCACUCUGAUGGAUAUGAUUCAAAACUUUGCUCCAGGUGAUACAAUUGUCUCUAGUUCUAGUAGUUUGAUUUGUGUUGCAAAAGUUGGUGAAAACUUCCAAAAAUUGGGGAAAAUCUGCAAAUCUGUUCUUGUACUUGAUUUUGGUGGUGGUGACGGUGGUGGUGGUGGUGGUGGUGGUGGUGGUGGUGGUGGUGGUGGUGGAGGAGGAGGGCGGGUGUUACAGAAGACGAUGAAGCAUGUUUAUUCAAGUUUCAUGCGUAAAAAAACAUCCCAUCUUCAAUAUUUUUACUAUUCCUCCAAACCCCAUUCGCCCCCACACAUUUCAUUUGAAAAUAUUCAUAACCUCGAUGAUGCCUUCAAACUGUUUGAUGUAAUGCUCCUGAGACACCCUGUUCCCUCCGUUUAUCACUUCACUAGAUUGCUCGAUUACGUCGCAAAGAUGAACCAUUAUGAUUCUGUCCUUGUACUAUUCAAGAAAAUGUGUUUCUUGGGGCUUCCUGUUAAUCAUUAUACAAUGACCAUUGCUAUCAAGUGUUAUUGUCAUUUGAAUUUACCUGGUUUUGCUUUUUCCCUCAUUGGUAGCUUCUUUAAGCGCGGUUUUACCCCCGGUUUGACUACAUUCACUGUGCUAAUAAGAGGGCUUGCUUUAGCUGAUAGGACCCCGGAUGCAGUUAACUUGUUUAGAAAGAUAAUCAGGGAGAAAGUUUGUAAACCUGAUGUAAUUAUGUUCGGUACAGUUAUAGACGGGUUAUGCAAAACUGGGCAUACUGAUAGAGCUAUUUGUUUGUUCAGAUUGAUGGAAAAGGUUAAUUGUAAAGCAGAUGCUAUAAUUUAUGAUACGAUCAUUGAUAGUUUGUGCAAAGAAAGACUGGUUGAUAACGCGUUGGAGCUUUUCUCUGAAAUGAUUGGGAAUGGUAUAGUACCGGAUGUUUUUACAUAUAGCUCGUUGAUUCGAGGAUUGUGUAUUUUAGGGCGGUGGGUUGAUGUUAAGAAAAAAUUUGAAGAAAUGGGUGCCUCGGGAAUCUCUCCGGAUUUGUACACUUAUAAUAUAUUAGUGGAUGCAUAUUGUAAGGAAGGUAAAAUGGAAGAUGCGGAAUUCAUGUUUCAUCGCAUCACUGCAAGAGGUAUAAAUCCUAAUGUUGUUACCUACAGUACAAUGAUCGAUGGUUAUUGUUUACAACAGAAAAUGGAUAAAGCAAUGGAUUGGUUCAGUGACAUGAAUGAUAAUAAUGUUGUCCCAAAUAAUUUUACGUAUAACAGCUUGAUUAAUGGGUUUUGCAAGAGCAAGAAAGUAGAUCAGGCAUUGCAUUUGUUUCGGUUCAUGCAAUCGAAAGGAGUAAAGCCUGACGUCGUGACAUACAACACUCUUAUGGAUUCUUUAUAUCAAACAGGUAAAUGCACAUUGGCUCUUGAACUCUAUAACGAGAUGCAAGCAAAGGAAAUCAUGCCAGAUACGUGUACCUACAAAAUAUUACUGGAUGGACUGUGCAAAAAUCACCACAUUGAUGAGGCGAUGUCAUUACUUCAUAUGUUGGAGAACAGGGGACUAUCUGAUAUCAAAUGUUAUACUAUCAUCAUUGAUGGUACUAGCAAGCAUGGGGAUUUCGAUACGGCUCAGGCAAUUUUCGACGACCUUCCCUCGAAAGGUGUGAAGCCUAAUGCUCAUACAUAUACUGUACUAAUAAAUGGUCUUUGUUUGAACAAGCAAUUUAAAGAAGCAAAAGAGUAUCUUGUGAAAAUGGAAGAGGAUGGUUGUUUGCCAAAUAGUGUAACCUACAAUGUUAUUGCCCAAGGAUUCUUCAAAGGAAAUAAAUGUGUCGAGGCUGUUACAAUUCUAAAGGAAAUGGUCGAAAAGGGUUUCGCACCUGAUUCUACAACUUUUGAAUUGUUACUGCACCAAUUGCCGGCUGAAGGACAAGAUUCCACUCUGAUGGAUAUGAUUCAAAACUUUGCUCCAGGCUGAAGGACCUGAUUCUUCGACUUUUAAAUCAUAUGUUUUCAUGGGACCGAAUUUGUAUAAAAUGUUAGAUAGAUCCAUAGUAUUCUUGAACUUUAUCAGCAAGUGGUGAAUCAGCUUAGUUGUGGCAGUUUUGCGUGGCUUAACUUUUAUUUUGCUUAUAACCAAGUAUUGUUCUAUGGUAAUAGAAUACGUCAAGUGAUGGUAUUAAGAACGGGUCAAAUUUGAGGAAGUGAAAGAGUGUCUCUUUUAAAUGGAAAAUGGUGGCUGCUUGUCAAAUCCUGCUACUUACGAUGUUGCAGUCCAAGGAUUUUUGGAGGGAGACAGAUUUGAAUUUUACAUGUCUGAUAGAUUUCUUAAGGAAACUGAUGUCCUAAAGGACAAGAUCCUACUUUCAUGGCUGUGAUUCAGUAGUAUGUUCCAAGUAGGAUUUUCAGGACAAAAUUCCGCUUUCUGGAUAUGAUUAAGUAGGAGUAUGUUCUAGAUGAUAGAAUUUUCCGUAAUUCCAACAGCCGACUGGGUUCUAUCGACUAAGGCUGAAAAAUACAACUGAUUCUUUGCCUCCAUCCAUCGGCCGUUUUUCUAUGUGUUUGUGUUAUAUAUAACCGAAAUACGACUCGACUUGUUAGAUUUUAUGGAGGUGAAGAGGAACAAAUCAGCAGUGAGCAGGCUAUGGUGAUUUAUACUUUGGUUUCCAAAAUAUCUAGAAAGAGAUGUAGGAAGCAAUACAAUCUGCAGAACCAAGGCCAAGAGAUUUACUAUAGAUGCGUAUCAUUUCUUGCAUAGCAAAUGAUAUUUCUCUAGGCAUUUUAUUCUAUACGCCCUUAAAAAAUGAUGGAGAAUUUUACUUU